AUGGCUUCCCCUCCCGCACCCAAUACCCCUCGUCUUGAUCAGCCACCCCUCGUAUCGCUGGUCCUUCAAUCCAAGAAAGCAUUACAGCAUGGUGAAGCUCUAUGCUCACGCGCACGAGAGACGUCCAACGCGUCCGCACAGUGUGCUGUGGACGUUCUCGCUCUGGAUGCCAAAGUCAAAUGGCUUUCCGACGCAGUUAUUGAACAGCUCAAGCUUGCAGCUAGUGUAGCCAAGAGCAUCGAGCUUAAACGCGCUCAGCUGGACAAGCAAGUUCGUGAAUGGGACACUAUAAGAUCGAGGCGAACUUCCGCUCUUGACGACAUCCUGGACUCUCUCGGCAGUCAAGUCGUCCCACCAGACUUCCAUCAAGCUUCCUCCGAUUCCUCUUUGUUUGGGUCGCAACCAUCCUCGCGAUCUCCCUCUCCUCAGCCUUCACCUCAACCACAACACAGCCCAUCCGCAACCAUCCGAGACCUCGAAAUGACCAAUGGCAAGAGCCGCAGCAAGAGGGUCGACAGAUCCAGAUGGAAAACGCUGCGCGAUUUUGCAGACGACAAGGCCAUAGAGGAGGUGCUCGACGAGUUGGACCUCGGGAGAAACAGGCUCGACGAUGUUCUGACGUCCACGUAUGACUAUCCAGAAACCCUGGCUAACGCGGUCGAAAGUAUACGCAAGGCGCUUCCUGAUACGGAGAAAGCGGCCCUGCCAUCUGUGGAGGGCGUACUUAAUGCCCAGGAGGAGCGGUCCAUGAACAUGGCGCGACAUCUAGAAGGCCUCGCCGAGCACUACGACAAGAUGACAGAGGCCCUGCAUGAAAGUGAGGCUGGAGAAGAUUUCUCCGAAGAGGAUAUACAAGAUAUGAACCGAGAUGCUGAGGAACUUCCGAAAAUCAUACAGGAAAUAGAGGAGGAUAUCGCUUCGGUGCAUGACUUAUAUACUCAACUAGUUGAUGCGAAGAGCUCCUCGCAAGUUCGGCUGGACGAAUACAAGAAGAUACUAGACGAUCUAGAUGAGCUGGGAGAUAUUAUGGCUGAAAUGCUUGGACGGCAGGAGGAAAUUGAGGAUGAAACCCAAGAACAUCUAUCAGCUCUGUCCGAGAGACUUGGAGUUAUCGACCAGUUACAUGCUAACUACGUCCAAUACCAAAUCUCUUUCAAUAAACUAUUGGAAGAGACGGCGAGACGGCGGCGGUAUGUCGAGGCAGUUGGUAGAAUUGUGGAAGGGUUGGCGAAACAGCUUGAGAGCAUGGCCCAAGAGGAGCAUUCAGUCCGCGAAAGUUUCAACACCGAACAUUUUGACCACCUGCCUGCGGACAUAUGUUUAUUCAUAGAGAACCCGCCAACGCGCUGGGAGAUCGUACCCAUGUCCGAUAAUGUUCGCGAGGUGCUACCAGAGGUAGAGGCAGAUCUCUUGAUGUCGGCAAGGGAGAGAUUAUCGGGUACCGAGCAGACUCCAUUGACGCCAAUCGGUGACAGUCUCUAA